AUGACUAAUCAGCACCCAAGGGACUCUUCUCAGACCCAGUUGACGGGCAAUCUUUUAGAACAUUCACAGAGCCAGACUCCUAGAGCUUCCUCGCCAUUGCUCCAACGUAUUGACAGAAUUCAGUAUGGUAUCAAAGCCACACUUGACGGCAUCGGUAAGGAUUGGCUAAAUGUCCAACCUUGUGUCCUUCAAGGUUUCAAUAACUUGGUGGAACUCGUCCAGAACCAUGAGAAGCGUUUGUGUAAGGUUGAUGAUGAGAUUGACAAGAUGCGUCAAACAGUGCAAAUUCUCAUUAAUGAUAGACUUCUAAAAGAAGAGCGUUACCAGUUGGACUGUGCCGUGCAGAGCGAGGCCGUGACGGCCUUGGAGAAACUCACUCAGCGGCUGCGUCUUACACUGGAGGGUGAGAGGAAGUCUCGCCGUGAGCUCCAGCAUGAGGUGCAGCGGCUCCAGCGUGACAUCCAAAAAUUAGAAAAAGAAUGUCACCUUCAACUCUCUAAUGAUUCAAAAACUUUAAGUAGGGCUCAAGUCACAGAGACUCUGAACGAGCAGCCAGAACACAGUUCGCAGGAACUACAUGAGAAUCUUAUGCGAGAGAUUCACUUACUGCGCAUGCAAUGGGAAAACUAUCGGCUAGAGCGGCAAGAGUCGCCGCCUGAGCACUUCAAUAAGCAGGGCGUCUUCCCGAGAGUUUCUGAUAACAAUUGUUGUGUUUCCCUAGGACAAUACAGAAAAUUACCCUUUCCACCGCAAUCCGCGCGCUGGUUCUGGAUGGGAGACGGGAGUAGUCACUUUAGUACGGCUCUUUCACACAGCGACGGCGCUGCCGGCAAGUCCAUUAGUCCGCCAAUUCCAUGGGAAGAGGUACGAUUGUACGAUCCGGUAACGACGUGUUGGUACUUUACUCGUUCUUGUCUGCACCAGGACACGGAAUUCACCUCCCAGAAUGGAUUGGGACGGGCUUUCCCUGCCAAUUCCGCCCUUCACCCUUAUGCUGAUGCGCAUGCUAAUGGCACACGGCGCACGAACCUUUAUAGAUCUCUUUGCGACGAGCAAGGUACUAAGAGAGAAAUAAUAGGAGGGACACCUGUAGGGACUGAAGCGAUGGAUCAAUGGAAUUGCUUUGACUGGGUGCGACCAAGAAGCAUUCGUAUCAAGCGGUCAGGCAUUUACAAGUACACAACCUGUUUGCUCCGAGACACUAAUUCCAGCUCCCCCUUUAGUGGUGGCGUUGGUACUGCUGGAGAGAGCCUUAAUAAUGAAUUGCUCGUACUCUAUGUCAAUCACCGUUGCGUCGCUAAUCUUGAGGCCAACAACAGCUGCGUUUUGUUGCAUGCAAACACCACAGCCAAUACAUCCUCAACGGGAGCACGCCGCUCAACACUUCCCGGCCGGCGUCAAGCGCGCUCCCUAAGUACUCAGCGGCGGUUAUCAUCUGAAAGAUUUACAAGACAGUGCUGCGAACCUGAUCAGCUUGCUACAAGCACUCUAUCAAAUUACAUUUUUUUGCCCGAGGGUGCUAUUGUGCAGGUGCGGUGCCAUAACAUGCACAACACUAAAACCAUCUAUGAGGCAUUUCUUGAAUUAGAGUAUAUUGUGUAG